GGGAACGAGGCGCGAGAGCCGUUGGAAGAGGAGGUGACUUUUUUCCCUGAGGGGGAAACCGACGAGGGGAGUUUUUUUUCUCCCCCCCUCCCCCAUCCCCCCGAGGUUGUCGAGCGAGGAUUUCCCUCAUGGCUCUGGUGAGGAAAUCUGCCGCUCCCGGCGCCUUGGUUUACGUUUCGGGCCCCGGCUUGGUCUCCCGAGAGACAAAUCAACGCCGGGGAAGGCUUGAGGCCUAGUGAGGGUUUUCUCAAAUGCCAUUCUUGGGGACCUUUGGAUGAUGUAAGAAUUUGAUGGAAUUACUUGGGACCUGAAGGGCAAAAAAGAUCCAGCAUUCACUUGGAUACAGGUCCGUUAACGUUCCAGGCCCAUCCACAACAUGGCAGAAGGCGGCUUUGACCCCUGUGAGUGUAUUUGCGCACAAGAGCACGCCAUGAGAAGGUUGAUCAACCUGUUACGGCAAUCUCAGUCCUACUGCACGGAUACAGAAUGUCUUCAGGAAUUGCCGGGACCAAAUCCAUCCGCUGAGAACGACAUCAGUGUCACCAUGAUUAUGGUGGGCUGGCUGGUUGUAGCACUGGUCUUGUUCUUGAUGAGACCCAUCAGCUUACGGAGAUCGAUUACUUCUGAAAAGCCAUCAAACCCGCAUAACGGACAAGAACCACCAGCUCCAGCUGUGGACUGAAGUUUCCUGGAAAAACUCAACAAGUUUAAUCUUCAGUGACCAAAAGAAAAGAUCACAGCAUUCCUUAUCAUUGUACAGUAGGGUCCUGUUCUGUACAUAGAAUAUCCAUUUUCUUUUUCUAUUUCUUAAAUGACAUUUAAAUGGAUUAACGUGGUGGGAAGUAACAGCAUUUCAUUGAUGAGCGUUGAACUUAUGUCCACUGCAAUAUUUAAAUUUUUUUUUUUUAAAUCUCUCUAUUGAUAAUCAGUUGAUCUUGUUCAGACUAGUGGGUUUUCUCUUCCUAUCUAUUUAGAGAUUAAAAAUUACAGUAAAUUCCUCUGUGAUCUUUCUACACCCCUUUUGUGGGAGAAAUCCGCAAAAAUUUCCAGUGUGGCCAUUUUCAAAAAGUUCAUAUACCACAGCCUUCUCUAAUUAGUGCCUUUCGCAUAUGCUGAAUAUUAUGUCGCGUUCCUAGCUGGCAGAGUCAACAAUUCUAGAUGACAUCAGAUUACGAAAGCUGAUGUAAACUAGUUAUAGUUUUAUCAAUGAAACGUUUUAUUUGGGGGGAGGGAGAAGAGAGGGAGGAAGGAAUAAAGGAAGGAAGGAAGAAAGGAAGGAGAAGGGAGGGAGGAAGGGGAAGGGAGGGAGUGGAAAGAAGGAAGAUAAGUUAACAAAUAAAGCCUGAAUAAUUAAAAUUUACAUUGAAAAUUAGUCCCACUCUUAUACAACAAUUUUCCUGCAGACUUGGGUUUGUGAUUUCUAUUUAGAAGAAACCUCAAGUCAAAAGAAAGAACCACAGCAUAAUGCGUGGCCUCCUUCACUGCAAUUGUUUAAAAGCUUCUACGGUCAAAAGUAACUUCUGGAUUGCAUUAGAUUAACACAUUUUUUAACAUGUUAUUCAAAUGUUGAUGGAACAUUGACACAACCAAACACUUUGCAUCAUGUGGCCACAGCACAGAAUUUGCCAAAACUGCAAAUUUUGAGCGGUCUGCCUGUUAGAAAUAAGAAGCAAAAUUGGCAUGUUAAACUUCUAUGAAGCUCGACCUGUCGAUGCUACCCCUUUCCUAAAAAUGAUCAAAACCAGGGAAGUCCAACCUUGGCAAUUUUAAAACGUGUGACCUUCGACUCUCAGAAUUCUGGGAGUUGACGUCUACAGGUAGUUGAAGUCCACCGAGAUAACUUCAUGUCUUCUAGUUAUAAAAAAAAGGACAACCCACUCUUGCAGCAUGGUAAAUUACGGCGUUAAAAUAGCUACUACUACAACCUUAAGAUCAGUUUUUAAAAACAAACAUUGAAUUAUUCCAUUCCGGGAAAGUUCACUUGAAAUUAAAUUACGACAUUCCUGGAAUGUGUGUGGGUUAAGAUUUACUUGUGCAAGCGACAUUUUGGUGCUUUUCUAAUAUUUUCCACAUCUAUGAAUGAGUGUUAACCUAGGUUUGCAGAGAAAUUUCAUACUGAAAAACUCUGUUCUUUUAAUGAAUGGAAAUCAACAAGAAUGUCUGCCAAUUGCCAACAGUUUGCCCAUUAAAAAAAAAAAAGGUUUGCUUGAGCAAUUGCCAUUUUUUAAAUUAAAUGUUCUACGUAUGUUACCAAUCAUUUCAGCUACGUAGGAGUCCCCAAAAUACAAGGAGCAAAAAUUUAACCCCCAUUUGUGAGCGUACUUGUGAUUUUGGGAAGAGAAUGUAUAGAGUUUGUUUUUCUGUUUUUUUUUUUGCAAACACUUUAUACAAAUCGAAGGUUAUUUCCCACAAUUAAAGUUUAUCACCUGCAUCAUGAAGCAACAGAAGGGACAUAAAUAACAGUCUGGGAAUACAGAAUCACCUACAGAUUCGGAGUUUUCUGGGUGCUGAGCCAUUUAAAAUGCUUCAUGCUUGGUUGUUCAAGCUAACCAGGAUGCCAACCGGUUACAAAAUCCCCUCUCCCCACAGAGUUCAAAAAUCACAGUUCUAUCUGUAGCCUUAACUUGGUUCAAACUGUAACUCUGUUCACUACAGAACGUGCGAGCUGUAACGUGGCUUGAAGGCUGACACCGUUGUUUAGCUUUUUCAGACUGGCCCUUUGGUGAGAUAAUGUGCCCAACAGCCAAGGAACACAAUUUCCUUGUGGAAAUUUACGUUUUUGUACAUUAAGGUAGCCUUCCUGCUGCAUUUUUUAAAAUCCUUGACUUACUAUCAAGGACAGAGCCAGGUGAAUACGCUUCCAAAGUUAUACAAAAGUUCUGCAUUUUAAAAAGUUUCAAGACCGUCAUGCAGCCAAAUCCUGAGUUUAGUCUGUGGAUCUGCUCAGCGAGAGCAACAUGCUAAGUAAGUAUGCCUAACAUUGCAUCUUUAAUGCCAUGAGGAAUCCUGGCGGUUUUUCUUGGCCGUUUUCAAAAACACACCCAAGAGUUUUCUCCAACCUGCCAACUUCAUUUUAAGAAGCCUACGGUGCUUUUUUUUAAAAAUGUAUUUAUUGGGCCUUAAAAUUUAAAAACAAAAACAAGAAGAGUCAUCCACAUGCUCAUUAGAGAAGAUCAUUUCAAUCUCUCUUGUUGGAUCCAAAUAGUUUAGGAGGGUGGACUGGAAAUCCGAGCAUCCUAUCGUCUCAUUCAUCCUUAGCCCCAGAAAUUCACUCAUGACUUUGGACUCAACUUAUUCCAGCAAGGUGUGACUGUGAAACAAACUGGAAGAGAUAGACCUCUUUACAUUACCUUUAAUCGUUAGAGGAGAGCCACAAAUACCAGUCUUAACAAAUAUAAUAAGGUUGUUGGACAUCAUUUUUCCAUUCCAUUUCAUUCCACCACCCCCUGGCAAAAAAUAUUGUAGGGAAACUUGGUGAAGGCAGUGAGUUAUUGAGAGACCUGUUGCUUGCAAACUGGAAGGUGUAAGUAACAGACAGGUAGAAUUUGCUAUCCGAGUUACUUUUGACCCUCCCCGAGUCUGAAAUCCAAUUCUUAUUGGAUUUGAAGGAAGGGAAAUGUAUUUCAACCAAUCCUGUAACUAAACCUAAUUCAUUAAUCUGCUACAAGGAUUAAGGACAUAUGCUUUAAAGGUUUCUCAGUUUUUACACAUCUUGGCAAGCUUGAGUAACAGAUCCAUCCAUCGAUAAUUGCAAUUGGUCAAUUUAUUUCAAGGAAGAAAUCUACUGUUUGUGUUUAAUACCAACGUGGGAACAACUUAGUCUAUCUGUCCCAACAUUUGUUCAUAAAAUGCUGUUUUUAGAUUUCAGAAAUCCAUUCUUUUGCCAGGGAACAGCAUUAAAGAAUUCUUGGGGAAUUGCUUUUAAGAAUUAUAGCACUGUGCUUGGGGCAUUUCAUGAUUCCUCCUAAGAUAGCAUUUGAGAACCUUUCUAUAUUUCAUUUUUAACAAAUGGUGUCUGUUUUGCUUUUCACGCAAGUUUGUUCAUCUUUACCAACCGUGUGAAAUGCACUUUUCUAAGAUUGGCUCUAAAAAUUUGAAGCAGUUAUGAGUCUUGGGGAUGAAUGGCAAUGGUUUAGUUUUAUUUUUUUUUCUCAAGAAUAAUUUGUUGAUAUAAACAUUUGGACAGAGAGAAACUGAAGAAGCAAAAUGUGAAUUGAUAUACAGCUUGUUCAUUAGCAACUAUUGGCCAGUUAGAUGCCAUCCCAGUUCUCCUUCUAAAAUUGGGAGAAAUUGAAACAAAACUCUCCGUAGGAAAUUCCAGUGCCAUUUUAUGAAACCAGACCAUGAAACAGAGCCGCAAAAUAAUCUGUUACAGAUAACAAUAACCUUUGUGUUAAAGGUUUACUACAGGACAAGCCAAAUUUACCGCCCAUACAUUGGUUUUAUUGAUAUCUUUUAUUUUUUUCUACUUUUAAGUGAAUAAGCUAGACAUAAUGUGGAAGAUUAUGAUGCCUUGUUUUCAAGACAUUAAAAAGCUGGUUUAUGGGAUGACGGUAGGAUUAGCAGAAUUGAGAAACCACUCUUACCAACAAGCUCUUCAGGGAGGGGAGGGCAUGUGGAGAGAUUUUAAUUGUGAAAAUAUCGUGCAGAAAAAGUUUAGAAAUUCUUUUUCUGACAUUGCAGCUUUCAUAUAACCUCUGACACCAAUUAAACAGGGAAAAAAAAACUGGGAGAUCCUAAACAUAGUUUUUUCUACUGAGUGAAUUUCUACAGCAUUUAAUGUUUAAAGUUUAGGUGUCGGAAUUGACUUUUCACAUUCACAUAUAAUCCGCAACAGCUCUUUCUGCCUUAGUUUAGAAUAAUUCUCGCGGACAAAAUGGUUGAGAAUACUGUGAUGUGUUUCAGUGAUUUAAGUUGUCUGAAUUAUGCCAAACACAAAAGAUCUGUGCCAUGUUAUAAUCCUUUACUACAAGAUUUGCUGUGAAAUAAAGGGCUUAUUCUAUGCACUUUUUAAAAAAAAAAAUAUCUCGACAAAUAGAACCACUAAUAAACUUCUCAAAGUA